GUCAGGAGCAUAAGCUGUCAGGAGAAUCAGGUGUUAGCUCAGCACGUCAGGAGCAGGUCAGGAGCAUCAGCUGUUAGCUCGGCUAGUAGAAUGUUAAUGACUACUCCAGGAAGCGGGGAAACUCAGUUCACAACAACACAAAACUUAGGUUGUGUGGAGAGAACCGCCUGACAGGGCUUUGUAGAUUUAGUUCUCAUUCAAAACACAUUUUUCUUUAUUCACUUCUGCUCAAGGAAGUGUGUUUCUGCUAGCCACACACAGCUUUAGCGGUUAGGAUAGCAGGUCAGACAACAGGACUACAAAACAACAUCGACCAUACAAUGCCAGGUCUCCAUGGCCCUUUAUUCAGUCAUACACUGCGUGCACAAUUAUUAGCAGGUGGUGGAGAGGUACUUCAUGAAAUUCACCACAAGAUGGGGAUGUUUGACCAACAAACGUGACACUUUACUGACCUCACCAGGCUAGCCCCUCCCUCCAUCGGCAAUCCGGGCGGAUUUCCUGCAUGGCAAAGGAUUCACAGUGGGAGGGGCCAACCACAGAACAGGUGGAAGGCAGCACCUGAGAGGAGGCAGACAGAGGAGAGAGUGCGGACGGAGAAGACAGAGGAAGUAUAGAGCAGAAGGAUGAACCGGAAUAAUUAGAAAUGAAUGGGAUGUUGUCUGCGCUGUGGAUGAACAUCAACACUCCUUAGCCUGCAAUUCUGCUGUUCAAGGAGAGACAAACAGGACACACAAAGUUGAACUCACAAAGCAGUCUGAGGGAAUUCAGGCUGAAGAUUGGAGUGAAGAGGUAGACACCGAUCCUGAAACCUGCGCAGAGAAAAAACAUCUGCAAGCAGCUCUCUAUCCAUCAUGGCCGACCCGUCUCCCGGCUGGUGGAAGCUCACCUUCCUGAGGAGAAAAAAGUCACAGCCCAAAGUUCUGUAUGAAAUCCCUGCAGAGUUUGUCUCCAACUCCUCCACUGGUCACCCCGGGUCAGGCACAGCGUCCGGCUCCGUCCACUCAGAGGACACAGGGCACGACCCCCAGAUGGAUGCCCGCCUGGAGAAGAUUGUGGACAAAACCACAGCCAGCAGAGGGCGCCACAUGAAGGUGUCUCACUCAGGAAGGUUUAAGGAAAAGAAAAAAGUGCGUGCGACACUUACGGAGAACCCUCAGAUGCUUCAAGGAGAGCCAGACGAGAACCUGAGGGCCGGGAAGUGACAGGACACGUGCUAACGUUCAGGUCGCUCAGACGUGAGGUUUUAACUUUGAAUUGAGCUCAAUGAACUCAGGGACUUAUCCAACUGCUCUUUCAGUUGUGGAUCACAAUGAGGCUGUUAAAUCAUAACGGUUUCUGGCAUUUGUUAACUUUGCAAAUUGGAAUACAGCAAUGUGAUUUUGUCUUUUGAGCUUCCCCCUGGAGGAGAAUGGUUGCCAUCGAGAUUGAGUGUCUAAUAUGGAGACAGCUUUAGUCGAUUGCAUAAAAGCUUCUCUGCAAAGACAAAAAUGAGAGUCCUGUCAGUGCUAGGAAACAAAUUGCUGUGGAAACACUGUGGAUGCAGCAGUGAACUAUCACUCAAAUGCACAAACCAUGCACCAUAAGUGAACACAGUUAUCUGACCAUGACUCGUGUAUCCUCUGAUCUUUGAAGAACUUUUACUUUUACUUCAGCUCUUUUUAUCCUGCAGAUCCAGCUGGAACUCUUUUUCAGGGUUGAAUAUCGUAUUUAAGGCUGGAUUAUUUUUCUAAUUUCAUAUAGCAGCAUUCUCCACUCUGAUAAGUAGAGAUACUAAAGCACAUAAACAGUAGUUUAUUUUAUGAAAAUUCAUCAUACUUGAUGCAAAGCAAGAGGUAUUUUUUGUGCAGGAAGAAUUGUAGCCGUAGUUGCUUUAUUUAUCCACGAGAGGGAACUGUGGAUUUUUAAAUGUGUGCGGUUUAUUGACAAUGGGCUGUGUCAGCCAGCAGAGGGCAGCACUGCUCAUAAAAGCCAUCUCUUCCUUUAACGGUCUAUUCAGGUGACAAAGUUGGUUAAAAAGCUUCUCUUAUUUUUCCUUUUCUGGAUAAAAAUCGUUUUGUUCUAUCAUACUGAUUGUCUGUAUUGACAAACACAUCACAGACUGUCUCUUUAAAUCAUUUUUCAGCUGGAAUUUUUGGGUGACAUCAUGUAAAAAUGUAAAUUCUUCCUCACUGCUCAGGUGCUGACUGACUGUAAUCAUUUCAACCUGACAGAGCUGCGAUCUUGAGAAACCUUUGAAGUUUGUGUACAUUAUUUUUCGUAAAAAUAAUUGAAUAAAUGUGAAUAAAAUGUCUGAUUGUGAAAGUAAA